GGCCAUGGCUGAGGUGCACGUGAUCGGGCAGAUCAUGGGGGCCACCGGCUUCUCAGAAAGUAGCCUCUUCUGCAAGUGGGGUGUCCACACAGGGGCAGCAUGGAAGCUUCUGUCAGGCAUUCGUGAGGGCCAGACACAGGUGGACACCCCACAGGUAGGAGACAUGGCCUACUGGUCCCACCCCAUCGACCUGCACUUCGCCACCAAAGGUCUUCAAGGUUGGCCCCGGCUCCAUCUCCAGGUGUGGUCCCAGGACAGCUUUGGACGCUGCCAGCUGGCAGGCUAUGGAUUUUGCCAUGUGCCCAGCAGCCCGGGCACCCACCAGCUGACCUGCCCCACAUGGCGGCCCCUGGGCAGUUGGCGGGAGCAGCUGGCACGGGCCUUUGUGGGUGGUGGGCCACAGCUGCUGCAUGGGGACACCAUCUACAGUGGGGCCGAUCGUUACCGCCUGCACACAGCUGCUGGUGGCACCGUGCACCUGGAGAUCGGCCUGCUGCUGCGCCACUUCGACCGCUAUGGCGUUGAGUGCUAAGGGCCCCUGCCUCCAAUGGCUGGCCCCUACUCACGCCCUUGGACACCCAGUGAGGGGCAGGGUGGCACAGUGCUCAAGAGACUGUCAGACCUGACCUUAGCCAAGGCAUGGCACUGCUCCUGUCCUUGUUAGAACCUGGAGUCCAGUAACUGUCGCUCUGGGCCCAGUUUCCCUAUCUGUAACGUAGAGCCGGUAAUCUGUGGGGUCGCAGGAGUGGGUGAGAAGAGGCUGCUUAGCGCAUGAGAGGUUCUCAAUAAAAGAGAGCGAUUCUUA